AAUGGAUUUUGCUAAGCACAUCAAGCCUUUGGAAAACGAAACGGACUAUCCAAUAUGGAAACGGAAGAUGCGUGAUUUAUUAGACUAUCACGAAGGAGCAAUUGACGUUAUUGAAGGUAAACUAAAGAAUCCAAAUCCACCAUCCUCUGAUGCCACGAGUGAACAAAAGAAGCUGUACAAGGAAAAGUCGGACUUGUAUAGAAAAGCAAACAGUUAUGCAAAAUCCAUGAUAGCAAGCGCAGUAAGUGACAAUGUGUAUCAAAAGAUAAUGGAUAAAGAAACUGCUGCUGAGGCUUGGGAAUCGCUAAUGGUUCAAUUUGAGGCUAGAUCGAAGGAUCAAUUAUUCAAAAUAUGUAUUGACUUCUUCUCAUUUACAUGGAAUUUAAGUGAAGACGUGAGCUUACAUAUUGCAAAACUCAAAAGUUUGUGGAUAGAACUCAAUAACGGAUUGAAAGGACGUAAGGAAAAUGAGCUCCCAGAAGUUUUAUUAGUUUGCAAAAUCCUUCAAAUUUUACCAAGUCAUUUUGAUACUUUUAAGUCAAGUUGGAUGCUUUUAACAAAAAACGAAGAGAAGAAUUUUGAGGAAAUGACCGCACAACUCUGUAUGUAUCAAAGAAAUUGCAAAGGUGCUGAUGUUAAGGACGAAGAAGCUUUAAUGCUUAAUAAUGUCAAGAAAAAAUUCCCACAAACCAAUAAUACAAAAACAAGCAAGAAAAAUGGUGCAUGCAAUUAUUGUCAUAAGAAAGGUCAUUGGAUACGAGAUUGCAGAAAAUGGAUAAGUGAUGAGAUUAACACAAUUAAGGAGGAUAUUUCAAAGAAUUGGUGGAUUGAUAAUGGCGCUACACGACACGUGGCAAAUAAUAGAAAUGUAUUUAAAUCUUUCGAGAAGUUCAAGGAAUGUUGCAAGAUUAAAGCGGCCGGUGGUGAAAUGUUAGAUGUAAUUGGGAAAGGUACAGUUGAUAUCAAGUCUUAUGUCAACAACAAGGUAAUCCAAAUCACACUAACAGAUGUUUGGUACGUUCCAAGAGUGUCAAGGAACUUAUUUUCUGUUUUAUCUGCACAAGACUUAAACUUCUUUGCGAUCAUAUUGGAUUACAACAAACAGUCUAACAUCUCUUAA